CAAAAACAAAAUACUUCAGAGAAUUAAGAAAGUUUUUUCAGUCUCUUCUUACUCUUCUCUUACCUUAUUAUACAAAAGCCUUUAUUUUUUUUCUUUCUUGUACAUCUCAUCACGGACUCAUAUUAAGGUCAUUAUGUACAUCAAAACGCAAUGCCAAAAAAUACCCCUUACCUUAGAUUCUUUUUUUUAUUAUUAUUUUAAAUAAUAUACAUUUUAAAUAAUCCGAAUUUAAUGCAAACCCAAAUACUCAACUUUCCUCCAUCACGGGUAGCUAUAAAACAACCCCAUUUCUCUCAUUAAAAAGAUAAACCCAUUUUUAUUUUUCUCACAACAAUAUGGUCUCCUCUGUUUCAAUGAGAGAAAACAGAGUACUUACUUACUACUCCGUUUUGGUGGCAGUCACUCUUGUUUUUGUGACUGUGAGCCGAGUUUCGGGUCAGAAACCGGUUUUCGCAUGCGAUGCCGGGUCGAACGGGUUCGGGUUUUGUGACACGUCGUUGGGGGUUGAUGCUAGAGUGGCGGACUUGGUGAAGAGGCUUUCGUUGGGAGAGAAAAUUGGGUUUUUGGUGAACAGUGCUGGGAAUGUGAGUAGGCUUGGGAUUCCCAAAUACGAAUGGUGGUCUGAGGCUCUCCAUGGAGUGUCGUAUGUUGGUCCUGGAACUAAGUUUUCCAAUGUCGUUCCUGGGGCCACUAGUUUCCCUCAACCCAUUUUGACUGCUGCUUCUUUCAAUGCUUCUCUCUUUGAAGCCAUUGGAAAGGUAGUUUCAAAUGAAGCAAGGGCAAUGUACAAUGUAGGGUUAGCUGGGUUAACAUUCUGGUCGCCAAAUAUUAACAUAUUUAGAGACCCUAGAUGGGGAAGAGGCCAAGAGACACCUGGAGAAGACCCUCUCCUCUCUAGCAAAUACGCCGCCGGAUAUGUUAGAGGCCUACAACAAACCGGUGGCAAAGACCCUAACCGGCUCAAGGUUGCCGCGUGUUGCAAGCAUUACACUGCCUAUGAUUUGGACAAUUGGAAAGGCAUUGAUCGCUACCACUUCAAUGCAAAGGUUUCAAAGCAAGAUUUGGAUGACACUUUCCAACCCCCAUUCAAGAGUUGUGUUAUGGAUGGGAAUGUUGCUAGUGUCAUGUGCUCUUACAACCAAGUUAAUGGGAAGCCAACCUGUGCUGACCCUGACCUUCUCUCUGGUGUCAUUAGAGGAGAAUGGAAAUUAAAUGGGUACAUUGUUUCUGAUUGUGACUCGGUGGAUGUGUUGUAUACGAGCCAACACUACACUAAAACACCCGAAGAAGCUGCAGCCAAGUCUAUAUUAGCGGGUUUGGAUUUGGACUGUGGAUCUUUCUUAGGAAAACAUACAGAAGCAGCAGUGAAAGGAGGAAUGGUGAAUGAGGCUGCGGUGGACAAGGCCAUAUCGAACAAUUUCGCCACAUUGAUGAGAUUGGGCUUCUUCGAUGGCGAUCCAAGAAAGCAACAAUUCGGGAAUUUAGGCCCAAAAGACGUGUGCAGUCAGGCCAACCAAGAGCUGGCCCGUGAGGCCGCAAGGCAAGGCAUUGUGUUGCUUAAGAACAGUGCUGGGUCGCUUCCUCUUUCUAACACUGCUAUCAAAAACUUGGCUGUUAUUGGGCCCAAUGCAAAUGUAACCAAAACCAUGAUUGGAAAUUACGAAGGCACACCAUGCAAAUAUACCACUCCUUUACAAGGCUUGGCGGCCUUAGUAACAACUAGUUACCACCAAGGUUGCGCCAAUGUGGGAUGUGGCACUGCUCAGAACAACGAAGCUGCAAAUGUAGCGGCAGUAGCUGACGCGACCGUGCUGGUGGUGGGUGCCGAUCAGUCCAUAGAAGCCGAGAGUCGCGACCGAGUGGACCUAAAUCUUCCGGGACAGCAGCAACUCCUAAUAACAACAGUAGCAAGGGCUGCCAAAGGGCCAGUUAUUCUUGUUAUAAUGUCUGGAGGAGGUUUUGACAUUUCUUUUGCCAAAAAUGAUGAUAAGAUUACUAGCAUUCUUUGGGUGGGUUAUCCUGGUGAGGCUGGUGGUGCUGCCAUUGCUGAUGUGAUUUUUGGUCAUUACAAUCCAAGUGGAAGACUACCCAUGACAUGGUACCCCCAAUCAUACGUCGAAAAAGUCCCAAUGGAUAACAUGAACAUGCGACCCGACCCGACCACUGGCUAUCCGGGUCGGACUUAUCGUUUCUACACGGGUGAAACCAUCUAUGCUUUCGGGGAUGGACUAAGCUACACCCAAUUCCACCACCAUUUAGUCAAUGCACCAAAGCUGGUCAACAUUCCUUUAUCAGAGGGUCACGCGUGUCGCUCAUCUAGAUGCACCUCACUAGACCUCGAUGAUUCUUCUUACAACUGCGAAAAUCUCGCCUUUGACAUCAAUUUAAGGGUCAAAAACAUGGGAAAGAGGAGUGGGUUCCAAACGGUAUUCUUGUACUCAAGCCCACCUUCCAUCCAUAACUCUCCUAACAAGCACUUAUUGGGCUUUGAGAAGGUUUUUGUACAGGCCCAAUCAGAGUCGGCAGUGAAAUUCAGUGUUAAUGUGUGCAAGGACUUGAGCUUGGUAGAUGAAGUUGGGACUAGAAAAGUUGCUUUAGGGCAUCAUUUGCUUCACAUUGGGGACUUGAAACACUCAUUGAGUUUGAGGGUUUGAAAAAACAAAAGCAAAAAUGGAAAUAGGGGGUUUCAAUUAGUUUGGUCCCUUGUUUUUUAUUCUUCUUUUAUUUGGGGGAAAACUAUAUAUAUUUAUUACUCCCCUUUGGUGUCAACUUUUCUAGAGGGGAAAACAAUUGAAUUCAAGUUGAAAGAGCUAUAAAUAAGUUGAGAGAAUUGUCUAGAUUAUCUCAAUGAUAUUUGAUGUAGCCAAUUGUAAUUGUUCAAAAUCAAAAGAUUUUGAAAUUUUAAUGAAGACUAGAAAAAUUUAUGUUUUGGCU